AUGAGUAAGGGUACCCCCUCGUUCGGUAAGCGUCACUCGAAGUCGCACACCCUCUGCCGCCGUUGCGGUAACCGCUCGUUCCACAAGCAGAAGCACACCUGUGCUCAGUGUGGUUACCCCGCCGCCAAGCUCCGUUCGUUCAACUGGGGCCUCAAGGCCAAGCGCAGGAAGACCACCGGUACCGGCCGCGCCGACCACCUCAAGUCGGUCAACCGCCGCUUCAAGAACGGCUUCCGUGAGGGUGGCGCUGCCCCCAAGAAGGCCUCGGCUUCCGCCUAA